UCAGUUGCUUUUUGUCAAACGGUUGCGUUGUGUGACUUUUGUAGUUGAUUGUAGUACUAAGAAAAACUUGCUGAAAAACAAGACUUGAUAGGGAAAAUCCUUCUGUUGUCAGUCUGGACUGCUCUGAAUUGUUGCUGUUUUCAGUGGAUACGUUUCUUUGUUAGCAUAAUAUACCUUUAGUGAAACAUGUUUAAUUGAUUUUGCUAUAUGACGGCUGGUUUGCGAAUUGCUGGGGAAGUUCCUGUUUGUGCCACCUUACGAUUGAAUUAUUUUGUCAAAAGAAAAUGUGUUCUACGUUGUUCUGUUACCAAAUAAUGAAGCGAUAGAAGGAAAAUCAAUCACCUUAAAGGUGAUUAAAAAGCCGACCAUUUAACGACGCAUCGCUGUCUUGUGUUCCGUACGGCAAAAGAAUAUUGUGGGUGAUCGGAAAAAAGAAAACAAGUUGUUAUGUCCGAGCUAUGUAAAAAUAGCGUAAAAGGUUCUAAAAAUUUGUUGUUCGAAGAAGAGCUAUGGUAUUGGUAAAUAAUUCACUGCUUGCAGGUGUGAAAAUUUUUCAAUUAGUACGAGUGACAAAAAUAGAGGUUCUGUUUAUGUAAGCCCGAGCUUUGUGUGUAAAGAUAUGAAAGGAAAUCGAAAGUAGCAGCUCUGAUAGCGAAAAGCGUAGGUCACAUGAAGUAGUGCAGACACGAAACAAAUUGAACAAAAAGUUCAACGUUUGGCAGACGCAGAAACCUUAUCCACUCUUUGAUAAGUCCAAUAUCAGAAAGGAGUCUGAUUGCAAAUGGACGCAUGUAUCUCACCUGGAUUCCAUCUGUAGUGGCAAACGAGGAAAAUCAUAUCGCAGGUUCGGUUGAAUCGGUUACGGCUACGGGAGAAAUACAACACAAAAGAAGAAACUUGUUCUUGGAAGCCACGCAUACAACCUCACGGAGCCUAGAAGGCUUUUCUCGCAUCGGCUGGCAAGGUUAAUCGCUCGACAGAACAGGUAUGCUCCCAAUGAUGAAAAUGGUAACCGCAUUUCGCCUGUCAGCGAAAAAAACUUAUCUCGGAAAAUUUUUACCUUUUUUAGUCUUUGUUAGUGACCAACUCCGACAUCGAUGACACCAGAAACUGAAGCAAAGAAUAGCGUGUUAAAAACUAAACCUGAUCGUGGACCAGUGCCAAUCGCAGCGCGAGAUCGUCGUCAUUGCGCUUCGCAGUAAGCAACCAAUCAGUGAUUAUUUCCCGUUGACGACGGAAUUCAAAACAACGUUGUGGAGAUAGACCCUUCAACGUGAGAAUAAAUAAAAACGUUGUUUUCCGUUAAAACUAAGGAGUCGGAAGGGAAGUAUCCCCUUCCUUAUGGUAACCUGAUGCAAAUGGGUAAAAUUUGCUCCAUUUGGGAAAGGUGACAGCACGUCUCAUCCGAAACGUUGCCGAUUUGAAGCGACAGCUACCGCAGAGGCACAGGUGGCAGUUGAUUACUGGUGGUGAAAAUGUGAGCAGAACAGCAUAUGUUGAAUAAGCUUGUUUUAAUUUUAGUUCUAGUAGAGGAUAUCGAAGGAACAUAAAACAUGAGAGAAAAGUUAUAAGUUCAUUACAAUUGGCACCUAACAGUGAAUGUGUACAACGAAUCGGAUAAAAUUCAAAUGUUUGCGACCGAAAAAGUGUAACCGCUGUUUCCUUCUAGUUUCUCUACCGCCGGCAGAUACCACCUCGCGAUAAAAGCGCCGGCGAUUGAAUUAGCGGAAAUAUAUUAAUCUACUUUUCAGUUUUCCGUUGAACUUGUGUACGUGAGUGUUGAUAUGGUAACCACAGAAAGAUUUGUGAGAGUGUAAAAACCCCUUAGAGCGAAUAAGGCACGCGCGCACCUGUGGUGAAUUCGAGUUUUCGAACUUCGAAGUAAACAGAAAACCGGACGAUCGAAUGAAGUGAGUGAAAAACAAACUCGGCGGUGCAUACAUCGACCGAAGUCAGCAACGUGGUGAAUUUGUAACGCUCAUCUUACCCGCCGUCGUAGUCGGAAACGAUGAAUCCAUACGGUGAACAUAACGUCAUCCGAGCGCCAUCUCUGAAGCGAGGAAAGAACGAUGAGGGACUGAACAAUCGGAUCAAGCUAAAAAAGAUUCUCGGCCUGACAGUAUGCAGCAACGCAGGAUUGGAUGUUUCGUCAACAACAGGUGUCUUGGCGUAUCCUGCUGGGUGUACCGUGGUCCUGUUCAACUCGAAAAGGCUUACCCAGUCGUUUCUGCUAAACACGGCCAAAAAAGCCAUCACAGCGGUAGCAUACUCACAAUGUGGUCGGUAUUUGGCUACCGGUGAAUGUGGGCACAAUCCCUCGAUCAAAGUAUGGGAACUGGACGCCAACGGCAAUGGCAGCUACGAAAAUGGAGCCGCCGGCAGUAUUGUGGCCGAAUUUUCCGGCCACAAAUACGCGGUCAGUUGCGUAGCAUUUUCACCCACCGGAAAAUAUCUGGUGUCGGUUGGCUCACAACAUGACAACGUUGUGAAUGUGUUCGAUUGGAAGGCCAACCUGAAGAUAGCGUCGAACAAGGUCAGUGCCAAGGUCGUCGCCGUAAGUUUCAGCGAAGAUGCCAACUAUUUUGUGACGGUCGGAAAUCGGCACGUAAAGUACUGGUAUCUGGAGGGUAGUAGAAAGUAUAAGGAACCGAUUCCGCUAAUGGGCCGAAGUGCCAUUCUUGGCGAACUGCGGAAUAACGACUUCUGUGCGGUCGCGUGCGGAAAGGGAGAAAUGGCGGAUAGCACCUACGCGAUUACGCGUAACGGACAUUUGGUGGAGUUCAACGCCCGACGACUACUGGACAAGUGGGUAAUGUGUAGGACAAAUGCGGCCAACUGUAUGGUCACCAGUACAAAGUAUAUCUUAGUGGGAUGUGCGGAAGCCAUCAUUAGAGUAUUCAAUGCGGAAACGUUGGAGUACAUAACAACCCUUCCGCGGACACACUUCCUAGGCGUGGACGUAGCACAGGGCAUUCACAUCAAUCACAUGAUGACCACGCCCCAGAAUGCCAAGUAUCCGGACACGAUUGCCAUUGUGUACGACGAAAACCGAUCGAAGGUGACGUGCGUGUACAACGAUCACAGUCUGUACAUUUGGGAUCUGCGCGAUAUUCGACGGGUAGGCAAGAGCCAUUCGUUUUUGUACCAUUCGGCGUGCAUCUGGGGUGUGGAAACCGUGCCAUUUAGCUAUCUGAAGCACAACGUAUCGGAUAUGCUGCCAUCGGAUAGCUUUCUGACAUGUUCCUCGGAUGACACGAUCCGAGUGUGGGACAUUGAUAAUUGCGAGAGUACUGAUCUGUACCGAAAGAACAUCUACAGUAGGGAAUUGAUGAAGGUGAUUUACAUUGACGAGGAAUUGAACUUUAUCAAGGAUAUGGACAAUCCGAUCCACAAUACGGAGAAAAAUUCCAGUUAUGACGGGCGCAACGGUGUAAGAUGUAUCAAAAUUAAUCCGGCUAAUAGUCAGCUAGCCACGGGAGACAGGAGCGGAAAUAUUCGGAUCUAUAAUCUCAGUAAUCUUAAGUUGAUCACGACGAUCGAAGCGCAUGAUUCGGAAGUGUUAUGUUUAGAAUACACCAAUGAGAAAAUCGACCGAAAGCUAUUGGCAAGUGCCAGCAGGGAUAGGUUAAUUCAUAUUUUCGAUUGUGAAGCGGGUUAUAGGAUCUUACAAACGUUGGAUGAUCAUUCAAGCAGUAUCACAUCGGUCCGGUUCAUCGGAACGGGCAAGCAGUUCCAGAUGGUGUCCUGUGGUGCCGAUAAGUCCAUCAUUUUUCGCAACUUCCAAAACAAUGUCUUUCUAAGGGGCAACAACUGUGCCGGUAAAAAUACGCUUUACGAUAUGGAGGUAGAUAGUAACUAUAAGCACAUUCUGACUGCCUGCCAAGAUCGAAACAUUCGAGUCUACAGCACGCAAAACGCAAAACAUACCAAGACCUUUAAGGGGUCUCAUUCCGACGAAGGAAGCUUGAUCAAAGUGAGUUUGGAUAUGAGCGGUAUCUACAUCGCGACCUCCUGCACGGACAAAACACUCAGUGUGUACGAUUACUAUUCCAACGAAUGCAUGGCCCGAAUGUACGGUCACAGUGAACUGGUGACGGGUUUGAAAUUUACAAACGACUGCAAACAUCUGAUUUCGGCAAGUGGAGAUGGUUGCAUAUUUGUUUGGCAAGUUCCGCAUGAUAUGAUUGUGACGAUGCAAGCUCGACUUUCACAGCAAGCGCUCAGAUCCGGGCAUCAACCCAUUCCUCGUCCCCUAUCCAGCGCCUUCAGCGAUGCCAUUAUGGAACAUCAUCAGCCCAACAACGAUCAGUACGGAUCACCUCCAAACAAUCUGUUCAUUGAGGACGCUCCAGUUACUCCCGGUUAUCGAUUUUCCGAUGUCGGUCAGUUACCUCAGUGGGCUAAACGAAAGCCUACCGAAGAUCAGCCAAACUCCCCGGUUCUAGGUAGCAGUCCUAGUCAGAAUCAGAACUUUGGUGGUCCACCGAAACCACGGGGACGAUGGGGACAAAAGGGACAAUUCGACGAAGCUUUGGAUUUACGGAAUAUUGUCGAUAGUCCUUUGAACACAACAUACGCAGCAGACAAAGCGAAUCUGCAUCAUGCGAAUAACAACACACCGACGUCUGGUUACAAUAGUGGUAGUUCUAAGGAUGUUUACAGUAAUGCCUAUCUGAGCGAAGAUAGUUCGAUUGACAGUGGUCGGGAAAAUAGGCGAGAUGUUACAUUCCUGCACAAGAAAAUUUCUGAAACGAAAGCACUUCAUUCGCUCAAUUCGGAAUCUAACACGGAACAUGACGGCGACGUUGAAGACAUUUCAGAUGGUGAACGAACCAGUUCAGAACAUGGCAUGGUAUACUAUCCGACGGCGACACCUUCGACGCCCACAGACUUCAAAAUCAACGAAAUCGACGUUAACGAGCUACGGAAAUCGAUACGACGGCAAAAACUGGAGAAACAAGGCCUCAGUAUCGCAACGCAGUUGCAGCUACAGAGUGCUGCUUCAACUGGGACCGGUACCGGCACUUCGGAUGAUGAAGACGAAGGAUCAACGCCUAGCGGUGACAAUGCCGAUCGGUCGUUGGCUUCCACACUCGGUGGAAGUUCUGAAAGUAUACCUCAGCAAACGUCUUCAACCUUCCUGCAAGCGGCACUUGACGGUCCAGCCAGUCUCUCGGAUAAGGAGAGAGCUCAAACCCGUAAAAGUAUCAGUGCGAUGCAUAACAACGACGCAAAAAUUACCACCAGUAUCUCCAAAUCAUAUGCCAAUAACAAGAAGGAGGAGCUUAUGAAGGUCAUUAACGAGGCCAAAGCAAAGUUGGAAAAUAGGAUUUUAAUUCAUAGUAAGCGUGACGUUAAAUAUUCAUUAAAUCAAGUUAAUUUUAAGGUUGGUUACCGAUCCGGUCUCCGCGCUAGUCAAAGUAUUUCUGAUCUAAGUCAUUCGAUGGGUGGUGGUGGUCUUAGUGGCACCGGGCGCUUACAGAGGAUAGGUGACGCACCCUACUCGUAUCGAAACUAUCCUCCUUCGAUUCCGGUAGCCAACAACUACCUGAACUGUGCUGCCUCUCGGUCCCGCCUAGUUCACAAUUGUGCCAUGAUCAAUCAAUUUCAGCAGGAAUUACCUCCCUACCCGAAAAAUCUUGGGAUUUACGCCAAACUCGACGAAGAUGAGAGUGACGAAGAGACGUUGGUACGACCGAAUAAGCUUGAACUGCCGGAGCUGCCCCCGGUACCGGCAGACAAGCUACGCAAGCACCCAGGUAUUCUGAAAAAUUACAAAUCUUGUCCAGUAUCUCCAGUGCAUGAGGAACAGGAAUGGAGUAUUUUGUCGAAUCAAGAUGGUGACGCUGGCCCAUCAGACCGUCAAACUCGACACUCCAUGUACUACGAAGAUGCCAAAACUAUUCUGGACAUGAUUCACUCUGACACAGAAAAGAUGAUUCAAGAGAUCACCAGUAAGUAUGGUGACUUGGAUGACCUGGAACCGAAAAAAUCAUCUCAGGACUCGAAAGUGGCCAUUUCAGCAGAUCAUGAUUUCAAACGGUUAGAAACGGUUAACAAGGAAACCAAGAGUACGGCACGAAAGGAACGGAACGAACAUGGUUUCCUCUCCGAAGAUGAUCCUAAUUUUAGCUCCGACUCGUUAGAAGACUGUAGCCUAGACUUAGACGUAGAUAAGACUGAACAAGGUAAGAGUAAACGCAACACCUGUGCCAAACAUCGGAAGCCGAUCGAUCCACUUCCGAAGCGAUCCGUUUCCGAUUACUUCAUAUACGAUUGCUUCCAACCAGUUCCGUAUCGAAACGUUUCUCUUUCGGAUAUAUUGGAUGAAGAUAAACAUAGUUCUGAUAACCGAUUCCUGGAAACACAACGCCACUCUAGCGCCAGUUUCUUUCUUGGGCAGCAAUAUCCGGACCGCAAAAGUCAGGAAAGUAUUCUCUCCGAUGACUACGGGAGUGGUGGUGUUAGUUAUUGCAACAGUAUGGAGAGUAUCCUAUCGGACGAUUCCGAAUGCAAAAGUGCACCGUUAGAAGUGCUAUUCGAGCGCAUCAAACGUGAUCGCAGCUAUUGUGUUAAUAACGAGUACAAAACCGAAACCGGUGGCACUUCUAAAUCAUAUGGAUCUAGUCCAAAUGCGUGUAGUGGCUUUGAUUACUACAUGCAGAACAACUAUUUCAAUCGAGAUGUCCCUGAUAGUUACACCUACGAUAAUUGGGAUCUCAACACUCGAAUCACCGAGUCCCGAUCGCCUCAGCAUCAGCGAUUGGAUGUUUCAGGAAUGCCUACCUCGAUAAGUUAUCCCCGAUUCUUGUCGAGUUCGGCCGUUACAGCUGCCGAAGAGAAUAUCAGAGAGGAUUUCAUUCCGUCGCUAACUGCCAAAGUCGCUCAAUAUGGGGGAGGUAUGGUGAAGAGCUUAAGCAAAGAUUUCGCUAACCAACGAAAACAAAUGAACUCCAAUCCGAUGUACAACUGCGAAGGCAACGAACUGUUUGUUCGCAAAACGGUUAACGCUACCAACCAAAUAACCCGAUCGGACAUUUUCGGAAACGAGUCCUCUGUGUACGUGAUGAAAAAAUCGUGUAGCUUCGAAAUCGAAAUGGGAGGCCGCCGAAUCGCUCGUAAUUCGAAAAAGUUCGAACAGAAUCUUCAACGAUUCGAGUUGGAACGACAGCAAUCCGAUCGUUACCGGUUCGGUGGUACGCUGGAAAUGGACUACGUCCCUCACAAACCACCGGUUGCCCACCGUCGGUCGGCUAGCAUGAAAGGUCGCGGUCGUAUGAAAUCCAAGGAGAAACUCAACACGAUUAUUGGUCAGAUGUCCUCCUCUGCCGCCUAUGAGGAUAACAAAUUGCGUGACUUCGUUAACAAAGACUACAUGCCGAAGGAGUUGAAUGCUGGCAGCAGUUGCUCAAAACGACGUCCCCUGGAGAUGGGAGAUGAAAUGUCUUUUGAAAUUUACGUAGCCGAAAAGGGUGUCUGCGAAGACGAUAAUAUGGAUAGUUUGGAGUUGUUAUCGAAGCCGGACUUGCGUAAGGUAAACUCGGUAGAUUCACUGGAUGAUGGUCAUCAGGUGCCGGACUGUAAGGAAUCUCCUGUGAAGUGUAAAAUGGAUCUGGAUCAUUUGAAUGACUUUAGCUUGCUGUCAUCGGUUGAAUAUAGCAAAUUUUUAGACAUCGAAAAAAAGAUCGAUAUCAUAAACAAACUGGUGGAAAUGGAAGAGCGAAAGUUGGAACAGGAACGAAUGGCAAAGGAAUCCCGGAUGAAGCCGUUCGAGUGUGAUUCGCGACAAAAGGGCUAUGUGAAGAGUCUGACUGAGAAUUUUGAUAAGUUAGCUAAGAACGCUCAGGAAGAACUGGAGAACGAAAAAAGCUGGCACAUGGCUCACACGGCCAAAAUGAAACGUAACUUCAGCCUACCCGAUGUGUUGGAAGGGGCAAAGUUCAAAUCGAUCAAUUUCCACGAUUCGGAAGAUCUGUUCAAGCAGAAAGACGAAGACGAACUGUCGGAGAAGGACGAACACUCGCUCGGAUAUGUCGAGGGUGAAGGCGGUAAUCCCCGAAGCUUAAUCUCUGCGCAAGAUAGUGAUGAGUCAUCGAUUAGACGUGCUUGCUCGCUUAGUGAUUUGAGUAUGGGAAAAGCUACUAACUAUAAACCAGUGCCCAGUAGCCGUAACAGCGUUCAGCAGCGGAAUGUGCCCAAACGAAGUACCUCUUCGGUUGGGAAAGGUGGGGCAUCUCUAUCUUCCGGGAUGGGAGUGCGAAGUGUUUCUGUUGGCAUGUUGAACCAAGCGAGCGACUCGGAACCAGAACCAUCAACAGCAACCCGGGGAGGACUUAUGAAACCAACCAUAAGCUCACAAAACAAAGUGAACGGCACCAAUAACAACGGGAAGUACGUCAAUCCCCGCAGUGCAGCAGGAAUCAUUAGCCGACGGAAAGGUUUGCAAACUGCUUAUAGUAGCGUGAAUAUUGCUUCUGGAACGCAGGACGAAUCCAGUUCGGAGGAAUCGCCAACCAGUACGGCGAGCACAAUGCCUGUCAAGCCAGCCGUUCCACCCCGUCCACGAAGCAUUGCGCUAGAGCACAAACGAAUAGCGAAUGUGAAUGCCAGUUUGAAUGCGAAGAAAGCACCCAGCACUAAUAUGGAGAUGGAAAGUAUGAUCAAGGAUGGCGAUUUGGAAAACGCUGACUUGACCAAUCAACUCUGCUCCAAUAUCAUCAAUCAGUUGGUACAAACAACGACAUCGGUAAUUCAGCUACAUCAGCGGCUGAAGUCCAAUGAUGAAUCCGGUGGUGGAAGUGGGAGAAACAAUUCUCUUAUGAUUAAGGAACUGGAAAAUGCAGUCAUUAUGACGCAAAAUAUGUUGACGAAAGUGACCAAUAGGAACAUCGGUAGCGACGGCAUCAACCUGAACAACAGCACUAGUAUGUACGAAAAAUGCAACGACAUCCUGAAUCAGGUGCAAAAACACGUGAACAAUAGCGGCUGACGGCAACAUCAACCGAUGAUGACGGCAACAACAUCAACAGCUUUGGGCGACUACUUUUGAUCCCCGCAAUUGUGUGGCUAGACUUUACUAGUUCUUCAUUCUUUUUUCUUCAAAAUUCUUAAAGUUGAAUGUAGAACAGUUUGAUGCGUGUUGUCUGGUGAUACAUGGUAAGAUAAAAUGUGAAUGUGACUGAGGUUGUUGUUACGAAACAUUAAGCAAACUAGUUUUUUCAAUCCACAAAAGGAAUCUUAUUAACAAGGACAGCUUUAAAGCAAAUAUUACUGAAAAGUGCGUGUGAAUGUGAUUAAUUAGUUGUUAUCAUUCGUUGAUAAUCCAAUUGCGAAAAAAAAACUAAAUAAUUAACUAUAAUAAGUCAAUAAACAUGGAAUGUGCUUAAUCAAAUAAUGAGAAUAGAUGUGACUUUGUCAAACAGCAGCUGAAAGAGGAAUACAAUGUUUCGUCCAUCUUAGUUAUUAGUUAAUUUUAUAACACUUUUAAGGUAGAAAUUUGACACAAGGGUUUAAGUUUUUGACGAAGGAAAGCGCCAUAUCUAGAUUUGUUAGUUGACAAUAUAUGUUUUUUUCUCCGUUGCGCAUCGAAUGAAGGCCAAUGGUAGAUACAUUGUUUUAGUGUUUCUGACUUUUAAUGAACUUAUUAACUAAGAAUAGAUUUUUUUAUCGUUAGGUUUACCGACGUUCAAAAAUCGAAAUGGUUAAGCUUUAUAUUCUUGAAUAGAACGUUUUCUUUUCAAAAUCUAGGCUAUUGGUUUCUGACAUUUUAGACACUUGUUUGAACCCAGUUAUUAAAAUACAAGUUGACCAUUUUCAUAUUGAUCAUUUUAGUAGCUACAAGUACUAAUUGACAACGUUUGCUGUACAGUAAAUUCUAAUGUUCCAACAGACUUGUUUAACAAACUAGAACAUACUUUGAAUGAUAACACGCUACAUAACCACUUAAUUAUUAUUAAAUCAUAUUGAUUUAUCCUACUAAUCGUAAGCGAAGUUUUAAGAUUAGAAAUCAAAUCUUAUAAUGAUUACCAUCUUCUUCCGAAAGCCUCCAGAAUAAAGAUCUGGUGAUGCCAACAAAAUAUCAUUGAUUAUAGGAUGACAGUAGUAGAUUGAUCGUGGAACACAUUUGUCGAAAUAAUAUUCUCACUCCUAAGCGCCAAACAUUAGAAAACAGAAUAAACACACACAAAAGCACCUCAAGACAACGUUUAAGGUUCAACACGCAGUCAUUAGAAAAAACCGUUACAGUAACUCUGAGGCGAGAAUCAGAGAUUUCAUUAGUAGAAAACAGAAACUUUGCUUUCAUCUCACCUCAGGCCUCAUCUUAACGUAAUACCACGUCUUAUUAAACCAAACUAAAAGAAACGGCGAAUUAAACUUACACCUGACAAACUACUCUAGUAACUAACAGGAAAAAAAUACAAAAAAAAAUCAUCAAUUUAUUAACAAGCAGUUCACUUACUAGCUUUUUACCACUGAGACUAAUCUAAUUAAACAAAUUGUGAACAGUCGAUCAUGAGGAUUGAAAAUCUGACAACAAAUCGUAACGCUUAUGAUUCCGAUCCACCACGAGGAUAUGGUUAGAGAUUUGAGUCAGUAGUAAAACCUACGCAGAAAGCGGUACGAGAUAAUAGCGUGAUAACAAUUGUCGGAUUUGAAAAGAUGGUUAUAAUCAAUAGUGUGUAGAAAUGCUGGAAAGGAGUCAUUACUCCGCUAAUGAUAUCCACGAUAGGAACUGACCGGACUAAUUAAGGAAAACAGAAAAUAUAUUUAAAAAGUCAUAUUUUAAAAACUA